GCUCUUCCUUUCAUCUUCCCCAUGGCAGACGUUUCUAUUUAUUCACUGGCAAUCAAUGUGUGGCGUCACCGGUGGUACUGUAAUGACGACUGCACCAUUGAGGAUGACAGCUUAGAAAGAAGAGGGCAAUGGUGAUCCCUCCCAGAGCAGCACAGCAGAGUGUAGCGCUCGCAUCACAAGGUCACCCUAUCUCACCGCUUGCUCCUCUGCAUCCCACAAUGGAAACCAGGAAGGAGAUGGUGAUGUUUCUGGAGGGGACACAACUUGGCGCUCUAGUUGGCAAGAGGGUGCCUAAUUUGUCCGAAGCAGUGGGGAGCCCCGCACCGGAGCCACAGGAGAAGAUGAUCCAUCGGAACUGCCUCAGCCCCAGACCUGGCCCCUUGUCGUCUCGGGAGAGAGCAGGAGGAGGAGGUGGCGGAGGAGAAGACGAAGAGGAGGUGGAGGUGCUGCCAGGGACAGGGACGGUGCCGGAGAGCCGCUCGGCAGCGACAGCACUGCUUUCGGCCGGACAGCAGCCCCCCGCCCCGGAGCCCCCCUCCAGCAAAGGGCACCAGAGCAGCUCGGACACAGAGUCGGAUUUCUAUGAGGAAAUCGAGGUGAGCUGCACCCCGGACUGCGCCACGGGGAGCGCCGAGUACCAGCACAGCAAAGGGCAGUGCUCCGAGGCUCUGGCCGGCAGCCCCAGCAGCGAGGGGGAUCACCCCAAGGGCAGCGGAGGCAGCGGCGGCUCCCAGGGCUCGCUGGCCUGCAGCGCCAGCGACCAGAUGCGCCGCUACCGCACCGCCUUCACCCGCGAGCAGAUCGCCAGGCUGGAGAAGGAGUUUUAUCGGGAGAACUACGUGUCCAGGCCCCGGAGAUGUGAACUGGCGGCUGCUCUAAAUCUGCCAGAAACCACCAUCAAGGUUUGGUUCCAGAACCGCCGGAUGAAGGACAAGCGGCAGCGCCUGGCCAUGACCUGGCCUCACCCGGCCGACCCGGCGUUUUAUACCUACAUGAUGAGCCACGCGGCAGCCACCGGCAAUUUGCCCUACCCGUUCCCGUCCCACCUGCCCCUGCCCUACUACUCCCCCAUGGGCAUCGGCGCCACAUCGGCCUCCGCCGCCACCCCCUUCAGCACUCCCCUGAGGCCGCUGGACACCUUCCGGGUCCUGUCCCACCCCUACCCGAGACCAGAACUGCUGUGCGCCUUCAGGCAUCCCUCUCUCUACCCUGCCCCAAGCCAUGGACUCAGCAGCGCCGGGGGCAACCCCUGCUCCUGCCUGGCUUGCCACAGCGGCCAGUCCAACGGGCUGUCGCAGAGACCUUCCGGCUCAGACUUUACCUGUUCGGCCACAACCAGGACUGACUCUUUCCUCACUUUCACGCCCUCUGUGCUGAGCAAAGCCACCUCAGUUUCCAUGGACCAGCGAGAAGAAGUACCUUUAACGAGAUAA